UGUUUCGUGGCGGGCUGUCAUCCCAGACUCACAGCAGCGCGUUUCAGUCAGUCACCGUUGUGAGGGGAGGAGAGGGCAGAUGCUGGUGGCAUAGCUGAUCGGGAUAGGUGGUUCAAAGGAGGAAGAUAUAGGGUGGCAAGAGGUGGAGGUAUUGAGGAGAUAAUGGUGCAGUUACGUGGCAAUCAGUAGUGGGGAUCGUCUCUCCGUGCAGUGACUGACGACAAGGCUAUACCUACGCCUUUGGCAUCAAGCAGGAUAAAGGAUGGUUAUGUUAUAGCGUUAGGCUUGACAACAGAGUAGCGUGUACAUCGUCCGCGGAUACUGAAAGUAAAGAGACAUAUAAAGGCAAACUAUGUUCGCAAGAUGAUUUCUGCCAAGAAAACUCCGGAGAAGAGUCGUUAUCCUAUCCACUAUUUAGUGUGGCACAGCAAGCAUCGGCAGCUGGAGAAAGAGCUUUCAGCAAAUGAGCAGACGGACUUGGAGGGCCAGGACCCCCGGGGUCGGACCCCCCUGCACCUGGCCGUGACGCUUGGACACCUGGACUGUGCCAGAGUGCUGCUGCAGCACGGUGCCGACGUCAGCAAGGAGAACCGCAACGGCUGGACCGUUCUCCAGGAAGCAGUGAGUACAAGGGAUCCGGAGUUGGUGCGUCUUGUCCUUCGUUACCGUGACUACCAGCGCACUGCCAAGAGACUGGCGGGCAUCCCUGUUUUGCUAGAGAGACUCCGUCAGGCACAGGACUUCUAUGUGGAGAUGAAGUGGGAGUUCACCAGCUGGGUGCCCCUGGUGUCCCGGAUCUGCCCCAGUGACACCUACCGGGUGUGGAAGAGCGGCCAGUGUCUGCGCGUUGACACUACCCUGAUGGGCUUCGAACAGAUGACCUGGCAGAGGGGCAAACGCAGCUUCAUUUUCAGGGGACAUGGUCAAGACUCCAAGGCGGAGGUGAUGGAGGUGGACCAUGACAGACAGCUGGUGUUCAGUGAGACCCUCUCCCUUUCCUCCCUGACCGCACCAACCCCGGUCACGGCCCCUAACCCCACCACCGGAAACUCAAACAUCGGCGUGGGCACCAACGGCUCCAGGGGGACAGGCUGCAGUACCGCCAGCGGCCUCGGGUUGCUGGGGGCACUGCAGCCCAGCGAGGAGCAGGUAGCAGCCAGGCUGUCCGCUCCCGUGGUCACCACCCAGCUGGACACGCGCAACAUCGCCUUCGAGAGGAACAAGACGGGCAUCCUGGGCUGGAGGAGUGAGAAGACAGAGCUGGUGAACGGAUAUGAAACCAAGGUGUUCGGUGCGUCCAACGUGGAGCUCAUAACCAGGACCAGAACCGACCACCUGUCGGACCAGAACAAGACCAAGACCAAAGGGAAGACACCCCUGCAGAACUUCUUAGGUAUUGCUGAGCAACACGUUGGACCAAACAGUGGGGCCCUGGUGACCCACAUGUCGUGUCCGGCCGUAACCAACCCCGCGGCUCUGACGGCAGAGGAGUACUUCAACCCCAGCCUGUCACUGGAGCCCAGGGACAUCGGCCACCCCUGCCAGCUUACCACCAAGACACAGAGGUUCAAAGCUAAGCUGUGGCUCUGCGAGUCCCAUCCUCUGUCUCUGGCGGAUCAGGUGGCGCCCAUCAUCGACCUCAUGGCCAUCUCCAACGCCCUGUUCGCCAAGCUGCGUGACUUCAUCACCCUGCGCCUGCCUCCGGGCUUCCCCGUCAAGAUAGAGAUCCCCAUCUACCACAUCCUGAACGCCAGGAUCACCUUCAGCAACCUCAACGGCUGUGAGGAGGGGGGGACGGGGGUCCACGGGGAGCCCGGGGGAGAGCCGGUGGAGGGGGACGGGCAGAGGGACCCCCCCAGCGUCGACACCCCGUCACCGGGCAGCGACUCCUCCAGCGUCUCCAGCUCCAGCUCCACCAUGUCGUGCCGUGUCGGGGAGAUCCCCCCGUGUGUGUUCGACCCCCCGGCUGGCUACAGCAUGCUGGGGGGGAAGCAGAGAGACAGCAUGAGGGAGGAGGAGGACGAGGACCUGCUGCAGUUCGCCAUCCAGCAGAGCCUGCUGGAGGUGGGCACCGAGUACGACCAGGUGACCAUCUGGGAAGCUCUGACCAAUAGCAAGCCGGGAGCCCACCCCCUGUCCUGUGAUCCCAGCCGUCUGGAGAGGACCCCCCAGCACAAGCCCCGCCCACCGACCAGCCUUUGCUCCACCCCCACCAAGAAGCCGCCAAACAACUGCAGCUACAACGAGCAGCUGCGCAUCGCCAUGGAGAUCUCGGCGAGGGAGCAGGACGCGGCGGAGCACCGCAGGCGGCAAGAGGAGGAGGAGCUUCAGAGGAUAAUUCAGCUGUCGCUCAUGGAGAAAUGAGGGCUGAUUGGCUGGUGGCAGCCUGAGUGGGAGGGGUAUGGACACAGGUUCUAUGGAGACAGCAGGCGACGGAAGGCAAGGUUUGGGAGCAGCGGCUUGAAUGACAGCUGAUUAUUUUCUUUUGGGUGUGGCGUUUGGUUAUUAUAAUUGAGGUCAGGCAUGGUGACGCAUGCUGCAGGACCAGACAGUAGAGUUGGCGUUGGAAGGAAACAAAGUGUUGAGCAGUUGUUCCUUUAAGGAAAGCGCAAUUCAACGAGUCUCGCUCGAUUUUAUUCCGUUGGGCUGCCAGCGGUUUCCGCUCUGGAGUCUCAGAAUGACUUAUGGCCUCCAGGCUGGCCUUUAUGAUUAAAGGCCUGCAGCAGCACGUGACUAUGGUAAUGUUUAUCUUAGACUGGAGCGCUGCUGCGACUAAGAGAAAUAAUACAAUAUUGAUUAGCCUCCAAACUAUGAUUUAUGACUGAAACGCCUGUCUCAGUCACUGAGGUAAUGGAAACCAUGAUGAAUACAUUCAAAAGUUACUUCUGCUGUAAUGCUAGGAGAAUAUUGUCUUUGAAGGUACGGAUGAAACAACAGGAAUUUAUAUCAAUAAGCCAUCAACUUUUCGUUAAAGUAAGCCCACAGCCUGAGGACAUUUUAAUUGAAUGCUUCCAAAGUUGAUCAAAAUAAGAAUUAUGGUCUAAAAAGCUAUUGUCCUCUGUCCUGAUUACAGCAACACGCACAGUAUAUUAAUGAGCUAUUUAAUCCAGUUUUUGUAUGGGUUAUAUUUGUAAGACUUCCCAGCGUUUCUCUUAAAAUUAGGAAAGCUCCAACUACUUCAGUUCCAGGAUUGAUGCAGGUUUCUGCAGUGCACUGAAUACGUUAGGAUCACUGAGGACUUGGGAGCCCUUGGAACGGUUCAGUUAUUUGGAGAUAGACUUGAAUUUAAACAGACACUAGCAGACAGACACUAGCAAACACACAAGAGAACCAAUGGCUUUAAGUGUUUAAUCAUAACAAGAUGAUGGAUGAUCUUCUGUAUUUCACUUUUCAAUACAAAUAUGGUGCUUCACGAAACAAACUAAACGGUGCAAAAACAAAGAAUAAACACAGACACGAGUCAUAUAAAAAGGUAAAAAAGCCAAUGUAGAAUUAAAUAAACAUAGAAUGAAGUGAAAGGAUAGCCUACGUGAAUGAAUACGGCCCAAUCCCAAUGUCCGGACUCACAGACUUUGUUGCGCGUGCUCGCGAAAUGCAGACUUCACAUAAGGGAAUUACCCACAGUUCCCACGGAGACCAUAGGGAAAUCCGGUAAUUAGGAAGGUAACAACAAGACGACUACUGUCAAUGUGCGACCAGACGGGAAUUUCUGCCUUUUUUUAGUGAGCCGGAUCAUUUGGAUCAGCUCAUCAACAAGAGCCGGCUCUCUUGGCUCCGAAACGGCUCUUCAUAUUACUAAUUGUUCCUUUUAUAAUUCAGCCAAAUGUAGCCAGUUCUGACUUAUGAUUAGUAUGUGUAGGCCAAUAAACACCUAAUUCAAUACAUCCUUAUACUGAAGUAUUCAAAAGUAAAAAUUAUAUUUUCUAAUAUCAAUAAAUUGCUGCAGCCGAUUGUUUUCAUUGCAUUUAAAAAAAAACUAAAGGUGAGAAUUACCAAACCGGCAAGUGUCAGCAGCAUCUUUGUCAUUAAACAUUGCCAAGGUAACAUGUGCUCUCAUGAAGUGCUGUCCCAAUCCCAUAUAUACCUGUCUGAGCCCAUGUGGCCUCAUGCACCCACUCACUUAGCACCUGAGAUCAAUUAAGUCUGUGAGUCCUUAGGGCUCACUUUGGGAUUGGGCCGAUCAAUGUUUGCAGCAAUGCCAUCGCUGUCCCUAAUAGUCCCAAGCCUGCUUCCCCAUCCCUCUCCUGCAGAAUCAGACCCUUCCCAUGGGGCCACAGGUUGAAAGUGGGCCUACAUGGCCUGCUCUGUCUACACACACACAGUAUCAGUUUACAACCACCCCCCACGAUCCGGUAAAAUCAUGAAUACCCACCGUCAGUGGGUGUAUCCUGUGUGUGCGUGUGCGCGUGUGUGUGUGUGUCCAUCCAAGAACCAGCUGUGCUUACACACUUACAGGGGGUCCACAGAGCCCUAUCGAGUUUUGAGGCUUUCAUGACGGUUUGUGUGCGUAACUCUGGUUAACAGUGACUGACACCUCUGUCAUCCAGCGAUGGCCAUUCAUGUCCACAGACCCCGUCGGCUUGUUUGCCGAGCAGCCAGGAACUGAGCUUCCGGACUCUGGUGGUUGAAUGUCAACAUUUGUUUCAGAAGAAAAAAACAAAAAAUGGAGAGAAUAAGGAGAAGAAAAAAAAUGAUGAUGUUGCCGUGUUUUUUCUUCUUUUGAUUU